ACUGCUGCGAUCGCAGGUAGCCGAUGACUCUUUGGAGCUGUCUCUGUAUGAACUGCUGCGUGUCCCAUAAAUCCUGUUCUUUGUCUGCUGCCGUACUCUUUUAGCGAUUUCUUAUAGGGCAAACAACUUUGGCGUUGUUGUUGAUGUGUGGGUGGGUGUCUUGGGGAGUAUAUGGGUACCUUACAAGUCGAAUUUGAUAGAGGUGGUUAUUUCUCAGAUGGGAGUGCCCAUGCAAAAAAUCGAAGCCGAACCCCAGUUAGGGCGCACGAUUAUUUUUAUUCCUGAUUAGGGUAGCAGUGCUCGUAAUAGUAUGUCUGUGAUAGCUGUUUUGUGUCUGCUGUUGGAGCACCAAGAGACCGUCUGCUCUCAUCACUAGGGUUACCGUUGUGUGGUCGUGGCUCGUAUUUGCAACUUCGGUCUGACGGACGACGUUCUUAGUUUUACCAGCUGCCGCGGCGGCGGUAGAAGCAGCACCAGGACGGACACAGGGCAAUAAUAGUAGGCUACUGUAACCUGGGCAAGGGCCAUACAGACAACAGAGAAAACAGGCGGCCCACAGAUCCUGAUUGAUAGAAGAUCGACACUGGCAAUGCUAGCCACGGCGAAUAAACAGAUUGACAUCGGUGCUAUAAAAGAGACGAGUAAGUAAUUAAGCAACAGCAAUCACUUACGACGGAUGGACGGACGAUAGGUAAGGCCGUGUAGGAAAAAGCAGCAGGCCCAAGUGCCAACAGCGAGCGCAGAGCUCAUCUUUUGUCAUCAUUGUCAGCGCUGGAAAUUUUGUUACUACUUCUAAUUAUCUGUGGCCACUGCCUGGAGAUAUUGGUGUUUGUAUGUUGUUAUCACCGCCGAGACCAUCAUCGUCAUUGCGCAUGUAUAGGCCGUUUUAUUACUGUUCUCGCCACCACAUCGUUGUUGUCUUUGAGCUUAAUUGCGCGCAAAGGCAUAUUCCACCAUUUGUUUGUUGCCCUCGGUGGCUGUUCAUGUGAGCCUACUGCCGCUGCUGUUGCCAUAGGAAAUGUAAUUAAUAGCGCCCACACAAGUAACGAAGCUAUCGUGUAUCGGGCGGCACGGUUUUUGUCAAUCGCUGAGCAAUACAGCUGUCAAAUAAACAACGAACACGCAGUGACUGCCGCCACCGUCAAGAAACCCCUAGGCUUCUGCAGCAGCACACGCCUGUCUAUGCUAUAGCUGCCAUUCGUGUUUCCGGUGCUGCUUGUGCUGAUCGUUGUGCAAAGAGUCUGUCCCUUGGUUUUAAGGAAUUCGCCUGCCCCCAGCUUCCCCGUUGACCCCAACCGUCCCUUGUAGUUCAUAUUGCAGUAACAACAGCAGGAGAAGGUGGCUCAACGGGUAUCAUAUUGGCGUCGUUUGAAAUGUCGAACCAUGCGUUUUCCUGCUGCUGCGAAGUAUAGCUCGGGAACGGUGGCGGUGAAUUCCUGUAACGUGCAAGUGUGUGAUUGUAUCUGUGCGGAAGAAAGGGACAAUUAGAACGAUUUUAAGGAACAUCAGAGGCAUUGGUAAUAUCCAGAGAAAGGCCGUAGUAGCUGCUGAACUGCAGUUUUGUCUUAAGGAUUGGAAACGCACGACGGUUUGAGCAGAAGGCGCGAUUGUAAUACUGCGACCACAUCGUCCCUUAUCAUAAAAGCAAGUUUUGGUCGCCACAGUUUUCAUCGUAACCUCGAGCAGCAGAAACAACGGCAUCAAUAUUGGAUAAACAGUGUUAUUCCAAAGCAAAAAAUCUAUCGUUAGAACAAGGACCUACCACCUCGCCGUCGUUUUCCUGAUACGCUGGCUAGCUCUACACGAAAUGUUUCGGCCGGACGGCAUUGUGCAGCGGCGCACUGCCGCUGUCAUUCAGGCGAAUGGCGCAGGCGGGGGUAAUACCGGUGAAGAUCGCGAUCGCGAAGAGGCCGACCGAAUCGGGAAGGAUGGAGACGGAUGCGACAAGGACAAGGAGACUCGGCUAACACUUAUGGAAGAAGUCCUUUUACUUGGACUCAAGGAGAAAGAGGGUUAUACAUCUUUUUGGAAUGACUGCAUCUCGUCAGGUCUACGAGGCUGCAUUCUGGUUGAGUUAGGUAUCCGCGGCCGGAUCGAUCUCGAGGCGGCAGGAAUGCGACGAAAAUCUCUGCUCAUGAGAAAGGUUGUUGUCAAAAACGACGCUCCAGUUGGGGACGUAAUCCUUGAUGAAGCGCUGAAACACAUCAAAGAGACUGCGACCCCUGAAACGCUGCAAAACUGGGUCGACUAUCUCAGUGGAGAGACGUGGAACCCACUGAAAUUACGCUAUCAGCUACGCAACGUUCGUGAGCGGCUGGCAAAAGGCCUUGUCGAAAAAGGAAUCCUGACGACGGAACAACAGAACUUCCUACUUUUUAAUAUGACAACCCACCCACUUGUUGACCAGAAUGUCAAAGAUAAACUCAUCAAGCGUGUGCAAGACUCUGUUCUUGCCAAAUGGGUGAAUGACGUUCACCGCAUGGAACGGCGGCAUUUGGCGCUAUUGUUACUUUCACAUGCCUCGGACGUCCUUGAGAACGCGUUUAAUCCGCUAUCCGACGAAGAAUACGAAAUGGCUAUGCGUAGAGUACGCGACCUUCUAGACAUGGACUUCGAGGCAGAGUGCGCCAAAAGUCAGACGUGUGAUAUCAUGUGGGGAGUGUUCGCCGCAUUUGUCAAAUAAAAAAAAUUACCAUUAGUAGUGGUAGUACGACAGCAGCAAAAGCAUUCACGAAGGAGGGGCAGGAGAUAUUCUUGAAAAAGAAAUGAAGUGCAACAAAAAACCGACCAGCACAGGAGCUAGGAUGAGCGGGCUAAUAAUAAUAGUAGAAUGAAGAGAAUCCAUCGUCAUACGCCACUAAUCCGUCGAACCGCCUUUUCGACCUUUUCACGAACAAGAUAAUCCAUAGCGAUAAUAUUUUAUUCAGAAUAAUGCAUUUUUUGUUGAGUUCUUUCUUAUGGAUAAACCAACCGAAGCAGGUACACACAUAACACGUGCAUGUGACAUAAAAGUAAACCAAUACCGUGUAACACAGGCGCCAGAAACGGGGGAGAGCACCCCAGUUGAUCCUGCCGUAGAUUUCGAACAGUGAAGCAGAUCACGACAGCGAUUCAAAAGCAAAGUAAAGUCCAUAAGUGUUUUUUAAGCAUCCUCAGUAUCAAAGAGUAAAGGAUCCUUACAACCCUGGUCUUUGUAUCGCUGUAGGUAAUCGCAGAGUUUACAAUUAGACUAAGCACGAAACUGACUUUAUUCAAUCUCAUUAAUGACGGCAAUAUAACGCAGGGCUUCGACUGACUACAGUGUCCGUUACUAACCCAGAUCUGUUUUCGUCUGUUUCACGCUGUCUCUCUCCUAGGCGACAGCCAAUUACUGGUAAAUGAAUUAAUGAAGGGAAAAACGUUUUUAUGAACACUUGUUUAUUAUUAUUACUAAUUUUAGUGUUACAAUACUUCCGGAAGAAACAAUUUUAUUAUCUUAUCUCGUAAGCCGCAAGGUAUGUUUCCUGGUAGGAGAAAAAUGAGAGAUACCGUUUUGGUGUACAAACAACCCAGCCAGUUGGCCUAUGGCAGUCGGAUCAGCGUAUACUAGCACUGGCAAUCUGAUAAGCACCGAACUGAACUGAUACAGAGCAUAUGAGAGAGGCAAUGCGCGCAUGAUCGAAGAAAAUUUUGACCGUGAUUGUUACAUUACGAAACAGCGAAUUCAGCAAAAUGAUUUUCUUCAUUAUUUCAUUCGUCGCCCUAGUUAGUUUAGCAAUUAUGAUAAGAAAUAAACGGCAGUAUACACAAGAAGCAGAAUCAUGUUAUGUAAUUCCCUGUGAAGAUAUAAUUGACAAACAAAAAAAAAAUAAGGAAAAGACGAGAACUGUCCGAACUGAAGUGAGAGGUUGGCGUGCGCGAACAUUUGACAAAGAGGUUGAUUUGAUCUAGCAAAUACUCAUCCUGAGUAUAUCGAGUUUUGUGGAAAUAUAUGAAUAGAUACAGUGACAAACACAACACACGAACACGCAUCCUUGCCUGAACACACGUUAGUAAGGAAAAACCGUUGUUUAAGUAGAAGAAGACCGAACGGGUUAAGGGUGCGAUAAGAAAUAAGCAAAUGAAAAGCCCACUGAGAUAAUGGAGACGAGGAGAAACAUACGUUUCUCUCUCUCAUAUAUAUAUAUAUAUAUAUGAAUUUACGUUAUAGCGCAGUUUGGCGGGGGUCUGCCGGGGUCAGCAUGUGGAAUAUGUAAUGCUGGUGAUUCUUAUUAUCGUUACUAUUAAAUGAUGAUCACGAUGACAAAUACAGGUAGUACUGGUAGACAGUUGGUUAUGACGACAGCGACUACGAUGGUGAUAGAAAUAAGUGUAUUGAUAAUACUGUGUACAUAUAGAAAGAGCAAGAUGGAGCUUUCUCUAUCACAAAGGUGCGCCGCUGCCGUGCAAGGACUUCAUGUUGGAACUUUAGGAGACGGGGAUGAGAAAUAAGGUUGCAGUUUAUAUAUAUAUAUAUCUGUAUAUAUAUAUAUAUAUAUAAAUCAUGAUUAUGAGAUGAGCAUUGACCCAAAAUAUUCGGGAGGGAACAGUAGAAGAGUAGCUCAAUCGCUAAUAAUAAUAAUAAUAAUGAUAAUUAAUAAAUGGCACUUAUGAACUGAUCGGAUGAAAACUGUAAGAAUUGCUAAUAAUAAUAAAUGCAUAUGGAUAAAAAAAUAGUAAUCUAUAUGCUGACGUUAGCAGAAUACAGUGUGGAUACGGAUAAAUGAAUGUAUUAGAUGAAACAAUGAUUUUACGUGAGAUACAAAGUUAUAAAAGCUCAUAAAAAGAACGCAAGUAAGCUGACAAGAAAGCAACAAUUGAGCCGCAAAAUAAAUUAACGACAAUAGGAAAAAUAUUUGUUCCA